AUGCUUGUUCCCUUCUUUUUCUUACUUGGGCUCGCAGCAGGACAAGAUUUUGCCAUUACUGCUGCACCUACGUUUCUUUUCAAGCGACAACAGCGCAUCACUGAUUGCGAUGGAACGGAUCAUGCUCUGUGGACCUGCCCGAACGGGGAGUGCUACUGGGGCGAUGAUGGUUUUGUAGGAUGCUGCUCAGUAUCUAGUUGCGCUCCUCGGACCCGAUGCAUCGAGUAUGACGAUCUCGAAGACGAUAUAUGCGAUCACAACACUGGAGGAUGCGUUGUUUGCUCCAAAUCCGAAUCCCCAUUAUGCGUUUUCCUUACGAAUCUCGCCAUGAAGGAGUACGGCUAUUACUGUGAUACUUUACGCCGAACCGGGUCCAGCUCGUUCGAGUACGACCUGCCGAGCGGGGCGGUCAUCCGUACAAUCAAGGACACCCAGGAGCCACCAUUGACAACUCAAGAUGCGGAGACUGACUCUGACGAUACGGAUACCACUGACGACUUUACCAUCAAAGGCGAUACUGAAUCUGAGACCGGGACUGGGACUGACACUGGAGCUACUGCUACCGACGCAGAUGAUGCUACUUCAUCAAGGGGUACCAUCGAUCCAACUGCUACAGAUACAGCUGUAGCAGAUGAAAGUGAGCUCACUGAGACAAAGGGCAAGCUUAGGUCAGCCAUUGCAGCAGCUGCAGCCCUUGGAGCUAUCGUCGGAACCCUCAUCAUCCUGGCCAUUGCAUUCAUCUGGUACAGGAAGCGUACUAAACGUCAAGAACAUGCACAACCGACAAGCCAGCCUAUGGUACACUCUCAGCCGUCUUCUGUACCUGGGUACUCGCAUCAGUACUAUGAAACCGUCUCAAACCCACCUAGUGCAUCAGUGUCGCCGCCGAAUACAUCGUUUGGUGGAUCUGCUGCAGCACCUAGUCCAACUUCGAGGGCAGAUGAGCAGAUGCCUCACAUCCCAGAGCUUGGGCGUUAUCGUUACUAG